AUGCCUGGCCCAGCCGGCAUAGUCGAAACAUUUCGCCGUUUAUAUUCUCUCUUUUUCGAACCUAUUUAUGCCGGUGUCUUCAAAGAGCUGGGUCGUGAACUGAGUCUCUCGCCUCGGGGCGAUGCAGUAGAAGACGAGUCUGUCGGCCACUUCUUACAGAGAAGAUUUGGUAAAGUGGUUGCAGACAAUUUCGCCUCCGCACUCUUUCAUGGAAUCUAUGCUGGUGACAUAUACAAGCUCAGUGCUCGUACCCUGUUGCCCAGUGCAUGGUUCCUGGAGACGAAGGACGGUUCGGACAAUGGCAGUAUAGUGCUGGAAGUAAUGGAUAUGAUGUUGAAAGGCUUCAAGCUACACCCAGGACACGUGCAUUCUUUCAUGGCUAUGAGAGCCGCCAUAGGGAAUAUCGAUGCCAGUACUCGAAGCAUGAUGUCAGUGUUGGAGGAUGCCAGCGUAUAUACGUUUCAUAGAGGUCUUGGUAGCCUCGCGUCGAGGCUGGAAGAGUCUCUCAGUCAGAAUCCAAAUGUGGUAAUCCACAAACAGAGUCGUGCGGUUUCAGUCAACUCGUCGAAGAGCGACGAUAGGUUGACUGUCCAUGCCGAACAUUCCAAGGAAGGCAAGCAGUUCGAUUAUGUGGUUUCAUCGUUGGGCCCGAACUCGGUACGUACGUUUUUGGAGCAAAGUGCUCAAGCUCGGGGUUCUUCGAUUGGCGAGAACGUCAUUGCAGCUUGCAAUCACAGUAAUCGCUCUGUCAACGUCAUGGUUGUCAAUCUCUACUACAGCGAUCCUGAUUUGAUACCUGAUGAUAUGCGAGGUUUCGGUUAUUUGAUUCCACGGUCGGUUCCCGUUGAACAGAAUCCCGAAAGAGCAUUGGGUGUGAUCUUCAGUACAGAAACCUCGGGUUUGCGUGGUCGCACCGACAAAAGACAAGUCACCCGAAGUAUGGUCGCCCAGUCUUUAGAACAGCUGGAGGCAGAGCGUGAGAGGCUGAUCCAGCAGUAUGAUAUACUAAAGGAUAAGAUGUCGGAUAUCUCAAAAACUCUAAUGAGGGCACAAGAAAACAUCUUGAAACGUCUCGAAGAGAAGAUCGAGGAGACCAAACGUGACGAGGAAAGGUGGUUUGGCAAUGACCCAUCCAAGGAUGUCGCCGAGAUUGAGAUCAAGAUGGGCCAAGAUACCGCGAUGGGCACCAAAUUGACAGUCAUGUUUGGUGGUCACUGGUGGGAUUCUUGGGCUAAGAGUGACCUCCCUGACGAGAAGGAAGCAAUUACCAUGGCCACUACUUUACUUGGAAGACAUCUGAACAUCACAGAUGAGCCUACUGUGGCGAAAGCUCGUCUGGCCGAGGACUGCAUCCCACAAUAUCCCGUGGGCUAUCGGAGAGACAUGGCAAGAAUUCACGAUGGCCUGAUGACAGAAUACCAGGGCCGCUUCAAAGUUGCUGGUCCAUGGUGGCAAGGUGCCGUCGGAGUAAAUGAUUGUAUCCGAAAAUCACAAGAGACUGCUUGGUCUAUUAGAGAACAAGCGGAUGAUCAGACAGGCUUGGAAGGCUACACCAAAGAUGAAACUUGGUACAUCGCACAGCCUCGUACUGGGGAGCUGACUAAGGUCUGA